AUGACGGGGGUAUCUCAAGUACUCUUAGCAAAUAUCCAGCCACUAGAAUCUCAACAAGUACUCUUAGCAAAUAUUCAGCCAAUUUAUGCAGCCAAUGGUGAAGAAAGACUUCGUACUGGCAUUGGCACUUCACCUUUCAAGAACUCUAAUUUUUCUGAUACUCUUUAUGUUCUUAAAUUACUUGUCAAUCUAACCUCAGAUACAAUUUUUUAUUUGCUUUUGGUCCUUUCGGUGUUAUCUAGGAUCUACAAACUGGAAAUGUGUGCUUUGAAGAUUGAUGCACCUCUUGAUUUGAUACAUAUAGUGACGUUUAGAGACCCUCUCGCAUUCCCUAGAGCUGGAUAUAUACAAAGUGUGGCUAUCUCUAUGAAUCGAUUACUUCUCAUCAUAAUUCUUACCCUCUUCUUCCAUGUCAAAGCCCAAAUCACUUCCGGUUCGGAUUCAGCUACCGUCAUACCAGUCCAUCAAGGCCUUCCACUAAUCCUCGGGAUCCUCUCGACUAUGCUGCUUAUAACAUUUUUCGUACUUGCCUACGCAAAAUACUGCGGGAGAAACCAAAAUAAUUUCUUAGGCCGUUAUCUCCAUCACCAAAAUUUUCAUGGACUUAUUCGAUCAAGUUCUAGGUUUUCUGGGAUUGGCGAAGAAGUGAUCAAUUCCAUGCCCUUUUUCAGGUUUUCUUCACUUAAGGGCUCAAAAGAAGGCCUAGAAUGUGCAGUUUGCAUAUCAAAAUUUGAAGAUUCUGAUGUCCUCAGACUGUUGCCUAAGUGCAAGCAUGCAUUUCACGAGAACUGCAUAGACCAAUGGCUAAAAAGUCACUCUAGCUGUCCUCUUUGCAGAUACAAGAUAGAUCCUAAAGAUGUCAAGAGCUUCACUUACUCAAGAAGUUGGAGGCACUUGCAAAAUCCUUCAAAUCUAGCAGAGGAUCCUAAUCUUGAGAUCUUUGUCGAAAGAGAGCAUGAUCGUCAAGUUUCAUCAUGUUUUAACCCAGGAAGCAGCUUUCAAAUUAGCAAUGACAACAGCAAAAAGGAAGAGUUGCUGGUUCAAGCAGGUGGUAACGCUGAUGAUAACAGGAAACUCUUUCAUAAAUUCAUGCACAAGAUCAUUAUUUCAGAUGUUCUUAUCAAGAGUCGAUGGAGCGAUGCUAAUUCUUCAGAUUUUUUGUCCCUGAACACUGAGAUGCUUGGAGUCAUGUCAAGCAAUAGAUUUACUCCUCUGAAAUCAAGUAGUGCAAGAUUCUACAAUGGCUUGUCCAGGGUUGAAAAUUUAGAGAAGGUUAAGGAUGAUACAGAAAGAAAGAGAUUGUCCAAGCCCCAGUUUCCUACAGUUGACAGAAGUAAUUCUGUUCCAAGCUCAAGCUUAAAUUCGUCAAAAAUGCUUAAUCCUGUGGGGAAGAGGUCAACGUCUGAGAUCACAAUUUUUUCAAGGUUCAGACAGCUAAGCGCAAAGAACAAAAUGAAAGAAUCUGCAUCCCUAGGGAAUGGAGGAAAAGAUGAGAGGAUCAGGAUGCUUUGGCUGCCAAUAGCACGGCGAACAGUACAAUGGUUUGCCGGUCGAGAAAGAAACUUACGACAAUUAGAGUACGAAAGACAAGCAUCAAAUGUGUGAUUUUCAUCUUAGCAGCUUAAUUUGUAAAUUUUCACGUGUUUCUAAUAGCUUUCAUGUUAUAUGAUGACAUGAAACCUUGGUGAUGACAUUGUCACAUUUAGCUGUUUGCUAAUUAUGUUAAAUCAAGAAAUUUAAAAAUUUCGUUCAUGCCAA